GCUAAUGCAUGCGGGAAGACUGCAUAUGCUACUUCAGGUGUGUUAGAAAGAGAGUAUGCACAUGCGGAUCACUAUAGAUGUCGACGUCGGAUGUUCUCCACCUCAAGAGCCAUUACAGCCGAUCGAUGUCCGACGGGUACCGUUAGAGUGCGGCAAGGCGAGUGCGGGCCUACUAUUGUAUACCUAAUUGCUCAUUUUGGUCCUGGGAAACCACUGGAUCAAAAUAAGAUUGCCAUGAAACAAGUAAGAUCUAGUACAGACAGACAUUAUGUGUCCGGAUUGUCGAGUGACAAGUUAGACAAUCGGCUGAGCAAGCUCGGAGAGUGUCUGAACUAUUUGUUGACGCAGCUCUGUGAUAUGAACAUUAAUGAAAUUUUAUUCCCCGUUGAAGAAGAAGGAGGCAGUUGGAGCCAUUCAUAUGUUGUUCCCAUCCAAAAUUUUGCCGCCCGCUGCAUGUCUUUAAAAAUUCCUGUUGUGUUAAUAAAACAGAAAUCGCGUGUUCAACCAGAACCUAACAUCUGUUCUGAUCAUGGUACGCACAGCGAAGGCGACAAGGAUGAAGAUGACGACGAACAGCGCAGCGAAGGUGUUAAUGAUGACAACACCGGAAUCGUGCGCAGGAAGCGGUGGACAGCUGCAGAUGAGAGGACGACGAAGCGGGUGAAGGCGGAAGAUGAUGAUGACCAAUAAUAAUUUUGUUCCCAUUAUCUGAUAUGUUAAGUCUUGUUGCAUUAAUAAAACUAAGUUGAACGUAUUCCCGCUUUUAGUAUCAUCCUCGCCUUUCUUAUAUAAAUGAAAGAUGUAUAAAGAAGCUCUCAGUCUGUUGUCGGUCACCACCAUGGAGACAGAUAACCAAUACAUAUAUAUUACGAGCAAUGCUUCGAAAAAUGUG